AUGUUCGCUUUCUUGUUUUCGUUGACCGAAAUAAAGGCGCGUUCAAUUGGAAAUAAUAAUUCAAUGGUGAAAAAUGAAGAUUGUUUUCAAACUGGAUAUAAUACGAUCAAAUGUUUAUCUAAUGACUUCAAUAAUUCAAUGGAAAAAAAUUUAUAUACUGUAGAAUUAAUCAAUUCGGCAAUUAAUGAUUAUAAAAAUACUAUAAAUAAUACUAGAAAACGAAGUACUCCAGACAAUGAUAAUGACGAUGUUAAAACAUGGACUAUACAUGAUAAUAAGGAAAAACUUAUUAUCGACAAAGGGAAUAACAAUAAGCUUACAAUUAUUAUUAAGAAUGAUAGUAAUGCAAUAGCUCUAAGCACUAUAAACAACAAUAAUAAUCAAAUUUAUGUUAAACAUAAUAGUAAUAGAAUUACUAUUAGUGAUGGUAAUAAUAAUGUGCAAGAAUGUACUAUUGAUAACUAUAGUGAUGUACUUACUAUUAGAAAUCAAAAUAAUAAUAAAAAUAGUGUUACUAUUAAUCAUAGUAAUGCGCGUUCGACUGGAAGUAAUAGUUCAGUGGUAAAAAAUAAAGAUUGUUAUCAAACUGGAUAUAAUACGAUCAAAUGUUUAUCUAAUGACUACGAAAAGUCAAUGGAAGAAAUUUUAUAUACCGAAGAUUUAAUCGAUUCGGCAAUUAAUGAUUAUAAAAAUACUAUAAACAAUAUUAGAAAACGAGGUACUGGUAAUGAUAACAACGAUGAUAAAACAUGGAGUAUGCACAAUAAUAACGGAAGACUUAAUAUCGACAAAGGAAAUAAUAAUAAGCUUAGAAUUAUUAUUGAUAAUGAUAGUAAUGUAAUUUCUCUUAACACUAAGAAUAAUAAUAAUAAUAACAUUUAUGUCAGACAUAAUAGUAAUAAAAUUACUAUUACUGGUGCUAAUAAUAAUCUGCAAGGAUGA